AUUGUCAAUUUUCCGUAGUUUCGAUACGAUUUGACCUACUAAAGUGUAUAAGGUCGGUGGAAAUACUGUUUUGAGGGUUUCGAACCAAAAUAUUUGGUCAAAAGAUAUUUGAAAGAAACGAACGAAUUGUGUGCGGUGUGGCAAUAAAAACAAAAAACAAACACAAAUCAAUUAUCGAAAACUAAUUCUCGUCUUAAAAGUCCUCGAAAACAAAAUGCUGAGGACAAUUGCUACCCGCAACGAAUGGAUUCUUCGCAGAUCUGUGUCUAAAGCUGCUGCAACACGUUCAGCGGCUCGUGUACUUAGUACACAAGCGGCGAGGAAUGUACCCUUAAUCAGAGCUUCAAGACAAAUUCUAGUUGCACCAUCCAAACCUUUGGGAGCAUGGAGUACAAAUUUUGUAAGGGCGUAUGCUGACUAUCCAGAUCACAUAAAAGUGGCAUUGCCCGCUUUGUCACCCACCAUGGAACAGGGUACAAUUGUUAGUUGGGAAAAGAAAGAAGGUGACAAAUUGAAUGAGGGUGAUCUAUUGGCUGAAAUUGAGACUGAUAAGGCUACCAUGGGUUUUGAAACACCCGAAGAGGGUUAUUUGGCCAAAAUCAUGAUUCCUGCCGGCACCAAGGAUGUUGCUAUUGGCAAAUUGGUGUGUAUUAUAGUUCAAGAUGCUGCCGAUAUUGCUGCCUUCAAAGACUUUAAGGACACUGGAGCUGCAGCACCCAAACCUGCUCCAGCACCAGCUGCAGCUGCUACUCCACCACCACCACCGCCACCAGUUGCCGCUGCCGAACCCCCACCACCACCACCUACACCGGUGCCAGUCGUUGCUCCAGCUGGCGGUAAGCCCAUGACCGCGGUGGAACAACGUGGUCCACGUGUUUAUGCCAGUCCCAUGGCCAAAAGAUUGGCCGAAGCCCAGCAAUUGCGUUUAGAAGGUCGUGGCAGUGGUGUUUAUGGCUCAAUAAAAUCCUCCGAUCUUGCAGGCAUGGCUGCUGCUCAGCCUACAGCUGCAGCGGGAGCUGCCGCACCCGGACCUAUAGCACCACAAGGAGGUUAUGUUGACAUACCCGUUAGCAACAUUAGGGGAGUUAUUGCCAAGCGUCUAUUGGAAUCCAAACAACAAAUACCUCACUACUAUGUCACCGUAGAGUGCCAAGUGGACAAUCUCAUGAAACUUCGCGCCAAAAUCAACAAAAAAUAUGAGAAACAAGGCAUUAAAGUAUCUGUCAAUGAUUUCAUCAUUAAAGCCACUGCAACUGCUUGUCGUAAAGUGCCAGAAUCCAAUAGCUAUUGGAUGGGGAAUGUAAUCAGACAGUUCGACAAUGUUGAUGUCUCUGUUGCAGUCUCUACUGACCGCGGUCUGAUUACUCCUAUCAUCUUCGGCGCUGAUCGUAAGGGUGUUAUUGAUAUUUCCAAAGAAAUAAAGGAAUUGGCAGGAAAGGCCAGAGAAAAUAAGCUGAAACCUCAAGAAUUCCAAGGUGGCACUGUCAGUGUCUCGAAUUUGGGAAUGUUUGGUGUUACACAAUUUUGUGCUGUUAUCAAUCCACCACAGUCUUGCAUUUUAGCAAUAGGCACAACAUCCAAGAAAUUGCUACCCGAUCCCGAUAGCCUGAAAGGUUUCAAAGAAGUUAAUGUAAUGAAUGUCACCCUGUCUGCCGAUCACAGAACGGUUGAUGGUGCUGUGGCUGCCCAGUGGUUACAAUAUUUCCGUGACUUCAUCGAAGAUCCCGCCAAUAUGAUUCUCUAAAUCAAUAAUCUCCAUAUACUCAUCUUUUUUUGUUUGAAUUGCUGCAAGUAAUGCCAUCAUCGUAUAAAGACACAAAAAGUCAUCUGAAGACAUCAUCAUCAUCAUGCAUGAAUGCAUGAGUGAUGAAGGAAGAUAUGUUAUCAAAUCUUAGCAAAAGAAGUCCAACCGGUCAUGUAAAAAUUCUAUAUAGAAAAAUUAUCAACAUCACACACAAUAGAGGUCUUAACAUUUUUUAGCUCCUCCAAUAUAAUUAAUUUAUAUACACACAUUAGUCUAUCCCGUUUUGUUUUGUUAUUAUGUUUAAAGAAAGAGACAUUGUAUUUAUUUUUGAAAUUUUCAUUUGUUUUUCUAAAAACAACAACAAAAGUAAGGCCUCAAGUAACUACCAACCUCAAACAAUUGUUACGCCAGUGGAUGUUGUUCAAAAUCCACUUCUAUUUCCUUAACACAUACAUUUAUUUAUUUAUUUAAAGAUCAAAAAAAAAAAUUAACUUAACUAAUGAUAGCCCAUUAGACAGACAGACCUCUGUUUCCAAUGAUUAAAAACACAAACCAAUUGUACUGCAAAAUUGAGGAGGUAAUUCAAUUGGCAUUUCGAAGCACUUUUAAAGAAGGUACAUUUUGAACAUUGUUGUUAUGUUUCGUAUGCAAAAACUUAAGAGAAAGUACGAAUAAAUGUAGAAAAAGACGUCAAUGAAACAAUGAUUUUAGAAA